AUGGACAGGAACUACCCCAGCGCCGGCUUCGGGGACCCGCUCGGCGCCGGGGCGGGAUGGAGUUACGAAAGGUCAGCGAAAGCUAGCUUGGUCUAUGGCAGCUCCAGGACCUCGCACCCCGAGACGGACAUCUUACACCGCCAGGCCUACGCGGCCCCCCACCCACUGCAAAGCUAUGCCACCAACCACCACCCGGCAGGCCUCUCUGGACUCUUCGACACUGGCCUCCACCACGCGGGCUCAGCAGGGCCCGACGCCUCCGUCAUGAACCUCAUCUCCGCCCUGGAGUCCCGGGGUCCCCAGCCCGGCCCCUCUGCCUCCUCUCUCCUCUCUCAGUUUCGUAGUCCUUCCUGGCAAACAGCCAUGCACACGCCAGGCCCCACGGAGCUCUUCAUCUCAGGUGCACUGCCGGGUUCCAGCACCUUUCCAUCUUCCUCUGCCCUGUCGGCCUACCAGCACCCGGCUUCCUUUGGCAGCCGCCCCUUCCCAGUGCCCUCGUCCCUGAGCCUCCAGGACCCCCCAUUCAGUCCUCCAGCUAAUGGGCUCCUGUCCCCUCAUGAUGUGCUGCACCUGAAGCCCUCACAGGCACCCACGGUGCCCUCCUCAUUGGGCUUUGAGCGCCUGACGGGGAGCGGUGUCCUGGGGCCUGCUGGUCUUGGCCCAGCCCAGACUCCCCCUUACCGCCCUGGUCCCCCAGACCCACCACCACCUCCCCGCCACCUCCCAACUCAGUUCAACCUCCUGGCUUCCUCUUCUGCUGCUGCUGCUGCCGCCGCUGAGCAGUCCUCCCCACAACUCUACAACUUCUCUGGUGCUGCCCCAGGCCCGCCACCUCCUGAACGGGCUCUGCCCCGCCAGGACACCGUCAUCAAGCACUACCAGCGGCCAGCCAGUGCCCAGCCCCCACCGCCCCCGCCACCAGCCCAUGCCCUCCAGCACUACCUGAGCUGCGGAGGCAGCUACCCUUCCAUGGGCCACCGGGCCAACCUGGCCUGUAGUCCCCUGGGUGGUGGCGAGCCCUCCCCAGGUGCUGGCGAGCCUAGCAAGGGUGGUCCCAGUGGGGCCACGGCUGGGGCAUCAGGCCGUGCCACGGGCCCUGAGACAGCUGGGGGAGGUGGGACUGGGGGUGGUGGUGGAGGUUACCGCCCCAUUAUUCAGUCACCAGGUUACAAGACGGGCAAAGGUGGUUAUGGAGCAGCUGCGGGGGGUACUACCAGGCCCCCACCAACCCGCUCUACUGCCACGCCCAAAUGCCAGAGCCUGGGGGGGCCAGCGGCUGCUUACGCCACUGGGAAGGCCUCUGGAGCUGGUGGGGCUGGGGGCCAGGCCUAUUCCCCUGGUCAGCCCCAAGGGCUUCUGGGACCCCAGGCCUAUGGGCAGGGAUUUGGAGGGGGGCAAGCACAGGACUUGAGCAAAGGCCCCAGCUAUUCAGGGGGUCCUCCACAGCCCCCCAGUGGUCCCCCACCUCCUGGCCUAGCCACAUGUCAGAGCUAUUCCCCAGACCAGAUGCAGGGGCAGUUGUAUGGAGUGCAGGGAGAGCCAUACCCAGGGCCAGCUGCCCACUCCCAGGGGCUACCCACAGCCAGCCCCUCACUCAGCUAUAGUACUGGCCAUUCCCCAGCGCUCUCAGGCCAUGGGGGUGGCUGGGGACCCAGCUCCCUGGGAGGUGGUGGGGAGGCCAGCCCAUCUCACAUCAUUCGCCCGCUCCAGUCGCCGCCUGCCACCGGCCGCCCUCCUGGAGUCGGUUCUCCAGGAGCCCCUGGCAAAUACCUGAGCUCAGUCUUGGCCUCAUCCCCAUUCCUGGCACCCCCAGGAGCUGGCAGCUAUGCAGCUGGAGCAGGUGGCUACAAGGGCAAGGGGGAUGGUUCGGACCUGCUGGCAGGCCCUGGUGGGCCUCCCGCUGAGCGCACAGAGGAUGAGGAGUUCCUCAUUCAGCACCUCCUGCAGGCACCCAGCCCACCUCGGACCUCAGGGGCUGAUGGCUUGGUUGGUGAGGAUGGGGCAGCGGAUGCCUCCAAGGGACUUGGGGGGAGUGGCGGGGCUGGGGGACCGCCAAGCACACCCUACGAGUUGGCCAAGGAAGACCCCCAGAGGUACCACCUGCAAAGCGUCAUUCGCACCAGCGCCAGCCUUGAUGAGGGUGCCACAGCAGCCCUCGAGCUGGGCCUGGGGAGGCUGAAGGAGAAGAAGAAAGGGCCAGAACGUGGUGGCGAGACCCCUGAGGGACUGGCCACUUCAGUUGUCCACUAUGGGGCAGGUGCCAAGGAGCUGGGGGCCUUCCUGCAGAAGAGCCCGCCACCACCACCUCCCACAGCCCAGCCUGCCCAGCCUACCCCCCAUGGCCUCCUCCUAGAGGCCGGAGGCCCUGACCUCCCCCUGGUGCUGCCUCCACCUCCCCCCCAGCUGCUCCCUUCGGUCCUCAGCCAUGCCCCCAGCCCCUCUCCCAGUGCCCCCAAAGUUGGUGUCCACCUUCUUGAGCCAGCUACCCGUGAUGGGGCACCACAGCCGCCUCCGCCACCCCCACCUCCACCACCCAUGCCCCUCCAGCUUGAGGCCCACCUGCGCAGCCAUGGCCUGGAGCCUGCAACUCCUAGCCCCCGCCUGCGACCCGAGGAGAGCCUGGAGCCUCCAGGCGCCAUGCAAGAUUUGCUUGGGGCUUUGGAGCCGCUGCCCCCAGGGCCUGGUGACACUGGUGUGGGCCCACCUAAUUCCGAGGGCAAGGAUCCUGCAGGUGCCUACCGAAGCCCCAGUCCACAAGGCAGCAAGGCUCCCCGCUUUGUGCCGCUCACCUCUAUCUGCUUCCCCGACUCCUUGCUCCAAGAUGAGGAGCGCAGCUUCUUUCCCACCAUGGAGGAGAUGUUUGGGGGGGGUGCAGCGGACGACUAUGGCAAGACUGGGCCUCCAGAGGACGAGGGUGACCCCAAGGCUGGUGCCGGGCCGCCUCCGGGCCCCCCAGCCUAUGAUCCCUACGGGCCCUACUGCCCUGGUAGGGCAUCCGGAGCUGGGCCAGAGACUCCGGGCCUGGGCCUGGACCCCAACAAGCCUCCUGAGCUGCCCUCCACAGUCAACGCUGAGCCGCUGGGCCUAAUCCAGAGUGGCCCACACCAGGUGGCCCCGCCACCCCCACCCCCUCCACCACUGCCUCCGCCGCCGGCCUCUGAACCCAAGGGCGGCCUGACCUCGCCCAUCUUCUGCUCAACCAAGCCAAAGAAGCUGCUCAAGACGUCCUCCUUCCACCUGCUGCGGCGUCGCGACCCGCCUUUCCAGACACCCAAGAAGCUGUACGCCCAGGAGUAUGAGUUUGAGGCAGAUGAGGACAAGGUCGAUGUGCCUGCUGACAUCCGCCUCAAUCCCCGGCGCCUGCCUGACCUGGUGUCCAGCUGUCGUUCCCGCCCAGCCCUCUCACCACUGGGUGACAUCGACUUCUGCCCACCCAACCCAGGCCCUGAUGGUCCUCGGCGCCGUGGCCGCAAGCCCACCAAAGCAAAGCGCGACGGUCCUCCCCGGCCCCGGGGGAGGCCCCGGAUACGCCCUCUGGAGGUCCCUACCACCACUGGGCUGGCCACGGCCUCCACACCCACUGAUGGGGCCAAGAAACCCCGGGGCCGGGGCAGGGGCCGGGGAAGGAAGGCUGAAGAGGCAGGGGGCACCCGGUUGGAGCCCCUGAAGCCACUUAAGAUCAGGCUGUCUGUGCCCAAGGCUGGCGAGGGUCUGGGAGCCCCAUCGGGUGAUGCCAUAUCGAGUGCUGACCACAAUAGCCUGGACUCGAGCCUGACGCGGGAGAAGAUUGAGGCCAAGAUCAAGGAGGUGGAAGAGAAGCAGCCAGAGAUGAAGUCAGGUUUCAUGGCCUCCUUCCUGGACUUCCUCAAGUCAGGCAAGCGCCACCCACCACUCUACCAGGCAGGCUUGACUCCCCCACUCAGCCCCCCCAAGAAUGUGCCAGCCCGAGGCCUGCAGCCCCAGCCCCCUGCCGCCCCAGCUGUGCCACACCCCCCACCUGCCAGUGCCUUCGGGCUGGGGGGCGCGCUUGAGGCAGCGGAGAGUGAGGGGCUGGGGCUGGGCUGCCCUUCACCCUGCAAGCGGCUGGACGAAGAGCUGAAGAGGAAUCUUGAGACACUACCGUCUUUUUCCUCGGAUGAGGAAGACUCCGUCGCCAAGAACCGGGACCUGCAGGAGAGCAUCUCCUCAGCCAUCUCUGCCCUCGAUGACCCACCCCUUGCUGGACCUAAGGACACUUCCACUCCAGAUGGGCCAUCCUUGGCCCCUGCAGCUGCAGUCCCGGGGCCACCCCCUCUCCCAGGACUCCCCAAUAGCAACAGCAACGGCACACCUGAGCCCCCACUGCUGGAGGAGAAGCCCCCUCCCUCCCCACCUCCUGCCCCCACGCCUCAGCCUCAGCCUCCACCACCCCCGCCUCCGCCACCACCUGCCCUGCCCUCACCACCCCCACUGGUGGCCCCUGCGCCCAGUUCGCCACCUCCGCCACAGCCACCACCUCCACCAGCCCUACCCUCGCCACCUCCACCACCCCCGCCAACUGCCGCCCCACCGGCUGCCCCUCCUGAGGAGCCUGCUGCCCCAUCCCCUGAGGACCCUGAGCCACCCGACGCCCGGCCCCUGCACCUAGCCAAGAAGCAGGAGACGGCAGCCGUGUGUGGGGAGACGGAUGAGGAGGCCGGCGAGAGUGGUGGAGAGGGCAUCUUCCGGGAGCGAGAUGAGUUUGUCAUCCGUGCUGAGGACAUCCCUUCCCUCAAGUUGGCACUGCAGACGGGGCGUGAGCCCCCACCCAUCUGGCGAGUCCAGAAGGCCCUGCUGCAGAAAUUCACUCCAGAGAUCAAGGACGGGCAGAGGCAGUUUUGUGCCACCAGUAACUAUUUGGGGUAUUUUGGGGAUGCGAAAAACCGGUACCAGCGCCUCUAUGUAAAGUUCCUGGAAAAUGUCAACAAGAAGGAUUACGUGAGGGUCUGUGCUCGGAAACCCUGGCACCGGCCCCCAGUGCCUGUCAGACGCUCUGGGCAGGCCAAGGGCCCCGCAUCUGCUGGGAGCAGCUCUGUACUGCCCCCCAAGGCCCCAGCACCACCUCCCAAGCCUGAAACCCCUGAGAAGGCAACAUCUGAGAAGCCACCAGAGCAGACACCUGAGACGUCCGUGUCUGAGCCCCCUGCCCCUGAGAAGCCAUCCCCACCACGGCCUGUCGAGAAGGAAAAGGAGAAGGAGAGGGUGACACGUGGGGAGCGGCCAUUGCGGGGUGAGCGGGGCACAGCUGGGCGCCAGACACGGCUGGAGCGGAGCCUCGCCACAGGACAGCCUGCCCCUUCCCGGCUGCCUAAGGCCCGGCCCACCAAGGUGAAGGCCGAGCCGCCCCCUAAGAAGAGGAAGAAGUGGCUGAAGGAGGCAGCGGGCAACACCUCCGCGGGUGGGGGCCCACCAGGCAGCUCCUCGGACUCGGAGUCAUCCCCUGGAGCUCCUAGCGAGGACGAGCGGGCAGUACCUGGACGUCUGCUGAAGACCCGGGCGAUGCGGGAGAUGUACCGGAGCUAUGUGGAGAUGUUGGUGAGCACAGCGCUCGACCCAGACAUGAUCCAGGCCCUGGAGGACACGCAUGACGAGCUGUACCUCCCGCCCAUGAGGAAGAUAGACGGACUCCUGAACGAGCACAAGAAGAAAGUCCUGAAGCGGCUAUCACUGAGCCCAGCCCUGCAGGAUGCCCUGCACACGUUCCCACAGCUGCAAGUGGAGCAGAGUGGGGAGGGCUCCCCUGAAGAAGGGGCCGUGCGACUGCGGCCAGCUGGGGAACCCUACAACCGCAAGACGCUCAGCAAGCUCAAGAGGAGUGUGGUUCGAGCCCAGGAGUUCAAGGUUGAGCUGGAGAAGUCAGGAUACUACACACUCUAUCAUUCACUCCACCACUAUAAGUACCAUACCUUCCUGCGCUGCCGGGACCAGACCCUUGCCAUCGAGGGCGGCGCGGAGGACCUGGGCCAGGAGGAGGUGGUCCAGCAGUGCAUGCGGAACCAACCAUGGCUGGAACAGCUCUUUGACUCCUUCAGCGACCUGCUGGCCCAAGCACAGGCCCACAGCCGCUGUGGGUGACCCCACUCCAGCCUGGGAGGUCAUCUCCUCCAUGAGCCGAGAAUUGGGACAGAACUGUGUUGUCAGGAGCUAACCCCUGGGCUCCAAUGCCGGGGAAGGUGGGGGGUCAUUGGCCAAGGUGUGUCUGGGCUGCCCCCACAGGGCAGGGUUCAAAGUUCAACUCUCCACCUCUCCCAACUCCUCUCCACUCCCUCCCCAUUCCUCCCACUGUUCGGUGUACAGAGAAAUUAUUUAUAUAUAUGUAUAAAUGUCUAUUUAGUAAGUUUCCCUCCCCCCUUGCCCCGACCCCCCUCCAUGGCCAUAGCCCCCACUCCCUCCACCUUGUACAUAAUGUAUAGGAAAAGUCUAUGUAUGGUUGAGGGGGGUGGGGCGGCUUCAGAGAGCUGGGGGACCCCCUUCCCCCAAACCCCGCCUACAGGCCAAGAUCUUUGCUAAAGGCCAUUCCCUCCCCAGGGCAUUCGGCAUUGGGUGGGAGGGGGAAAACGCAUCUUGUUAAUUAUUUUUAAUCUUAUUUAUUGUACAUACCUGGGGCAGGGGGCUGGGGAGGCGGAGUGGGGAGAAGGGUCCCCUCCCUCUGCCCCUCACACUCCUUUUCUACAGCAACCUGUCUGUGUCUCUCCCCCACCCACUGCCCUCUCCCAUUGUUGUCUGGAUGUGGUUCUAUUUUUUAUCAGUCUCCUUUCCCCUCUUCCCCUCUUUCUGCCUCCACUCUGCUCCCACCUCCCCACCACCCUUUGUCUCUUGCUCUUUCUUGGGCUUCUGUACAACUCAACUUGUAUACACUGUGUACACACAACCAGCCAAACGAAAACCCAACGGCAAACACUUUACAGGCAGGCUGGAGUGCCUCUGUCCUGCGGCGUUUGGGUGGGCUUGGGGGUGGCAGGGCCAGAAGCUCUGGAACGGGGCCUUUCUAGAGUCCUGGGAGGUAGAUUACCUGAGGUUGGGGUAUGUUCUGUGUUGCUGUGUAACAAACUACCCCACCCCAAGACUUAGCAACUUCAAAAAACAAACAUUUAUCAUCUUACGGUUUCUGAACAUGAGGAGUUUGGGAGCUAGGCUGUACUGGCGCAGGGUUUGUCGUGAGGAUAUAGUCAAUGUGUCAGCCAGGCAGCAGCCAUCUGAGAGUUUGGGGCUGCAUGAUCCAAUUUCAAGGUGGCUCACUCCAUGGCUGUUGGCUGGAGGCCUCAGUUCCUUGCCACAUGGACCUCGCCAUAGAGCUGCUUGAGUGUCCUUGUAACACGGCAGCUGGCUUCCCCUAGAGUGAGCAAUCCGAGAGAGAAGGCCACAAGAUGUUUAAGUCCUAAUGUCAGACGUUGUGUACACAAUUGCUUCUGUCAUACUAUUCAUUAGAAGAGAGUAAGUCUGGUACACACUGAAGGCAAGGGAAAUUAAGCUCCACUUCUUGAAGGGCAAAGUAUAUAAAUUUUUAAAUUUUUCUCUA